AGGGGGGAGGCGGGGCGCGACGUCAUCAGCGGGCGCGGAGCCGGAAGUGUUGUGGCCGCCGCCGCCGCGCGUCGCGGAGGCACGUGUGGAGCCCCGGCAGCAGGAGCGUCGCAGGUCCUUGGCCCUUGCCAGACAUUAGCACCAUGAGCUUCGUGGCAUACGAGGAGCUGAUCAAGGAGGGUGACACAGCCAUCCUGUCACUGGGCCAUGGUGCAAUGGUGGCAGUGCGUGUGCAGCGUGGGGCACAGACCCAGACCCGGCAUGGUGUCCUGCGGCACUCAGUUGACCUUAUCGGCCGCCCCUUCGGCUCCAAGGUGACGUGCGGCCGAGGUGGCUGGGUGUAUGUGCUGCACCCCACGCCCGAGCUCUGGACGCUGAACCUGCCGCACCGCACGCAGAUCCUCUACUCCACAGACAUCGCCCUCAUCACCAUGAUGUUGGAGCUUCGGCCCGGCUCUGUGGUCUGUGAGUCUGGCACCGGCAGUGGCUCUGUGUCCCACGCCAUCAUCCGCACCAUCGCACCCACGGGUCACCUGCACACGGUGGAGUUCCACCAGCAGCGGGCAGAGAAGGCCCGGGAGGAGUUCCAGGAGCACCGUGUGGGCCGCUGGGUGACUGUGCGCACCCAGGACGUGUGCCGCAGUGGCUUUGGCGUGAGCCACGUGGCCGACGCCGUCUUCCUGGACAUCCCGUCACCCUGGGAGGCCGUGGGCCACGCCUGGGACGCCCUCAAGGUCGAAGGCGGGCGCUUCUGCUCCUUCUCGCCGUGCAUCGAGCAGGUGCAACGCACAUGCCAGGCGCUGGCAGCGCGCGGCUUCUCAGAGCUGAGCACCCUGGAGGUGCUGCCACAGGUCUACAACGUGCGCACUGUCAGCCUGCCACCGCCCGACCUGGGCACAGGCACAGAUGGCCCUGCCGGCUCCGACACCAGCCCCUUCCGCAGCGGCACGCCCAUGAAGGAGGCCGUGGGCCACACCGGCUACCUGACCUUCGCCACCAAGACCCCAGGCUAGGGGGCCGCCUCCCAGGGCACCAGGGAGCUGGGAGCACCGAAGGGCUGGGCAGGGAGGCCAGAGGCACCUUAUAUGGUCAGCAAUGCCUGCCAGACACAGACGGUGGGGUGGGGCUUGGGGGCCUCCUGGGUGGCCAGAGUGGGACAGCAGGAAGGGCGGCUGUGACGGAGGAGCAGAGCUGGGGCUGGUCCUCAGCCAUUCCUGUCCAGCCCUGUGGCCCAUCCCAGCUGCUGUUUGUUGCCAAUAUGAAGUAUCCACUGCCACAGGCUCCCCUGGGUGUUGAAGCCAAAGGGUGCAGGUGGGGGAGUCUGACCCCCUCCCAGGUGGGCCUAAGCAGGAAGGGGGUGGAGGAGGGAGGGGGCAUUGUCCCUGAGGCCACGCUGCAUCUGACCCCUGGGCCCCCACGGCCCUGGCUGCCCCACGGGGCCUGAGACCAUCUCGUGCUUCUCCAGUCCCCGGGCCGAGGCUCCAGCCUUGGCCAGAAGCUGGGGUGAGCUGACCCAGAAUCCCUGCCCUGCUCUCCCCAGCGCUAGGAGACCAGGCCAGCCCAGGAACCAGGGAGGUGACCCUGCUCUCUGGCCUCCAGGCUGAUGUCACAGCACUGAGCUCAGCCCAGGCCUGCGUCCACUCAUGUCCAAGAGGCGGGGCAUCCCCCACCCAGCCAGAGCCCCUGACACGGGCUGCACGGGCUGAGGCCAGGCAGCGCUGCGGAGAGGAGCGGCAGAGUGGGUUGUCUGCCGCAGGCAACCAGGCAAGUGUGUCGGGGCUGGGGUGUGAAUGCCAGCCUGUGAGUCCCGGAACUAUGUGGGUACCCCUACCCCUCACAGAAGCCAAGGGCAUGGAGGAGGUCCCUCCACGGCGACAACGGUGUGGGGUAGGGGAGGUGCAUCCAGGACACCACCCAGGGACAGUGCCUAUGUGAUCACCUCUUAAAGGCUAAGCUUAGGGGCAUUUCCCAAAGUGGGGACAGAGGGCAGGACGCCCAGGCUGGGGGCUCUCCUCGCCCGCCCUGGUGUCUGACAGCCUCAAGGAAGGAGCAGUGCCUGUGUCAGCCAUGGGGCCCUUGGAGCUGCCGCUGGUGCCUAGGGGGCCUGGGUUUCUGCCCAGGCAGCCAGUGGCUGUUGGGAGCCUCUGUUUCCCCUGUGCUGGGGGCCUUAAGUGCUGUGCUAGCAGGGGCCUGGCCCCAAGUGUGAGUGAUGAGCAAUAAACGUGCCGUCCCCCUC